AUGAAGCGGGCCAUAACCUACGCUAGCUCCGUUACCGUCUCGGUGGCCGAGGGCCUCUCCGGCGAUCAGGUUGACCGCAGAUUCGAGGAAUAUGGUAGGAAUUCUCCGUCUCCUCCAAGGCCGCGUACGUUCCAGAAGUAUUCUAGUUACUUCUUGCAGGGUUCCGGGCCUAUACACUUGGUUGAAUCCACCCUUGCGGGUUUCAACAUGUUCCAAGACUGGAGUUCCUCGCGCGUUAUGAGUUCACUCAAGAAUAUGCUUCCCCAGGACUCCAUCGUCAUCCGAGACGAUGUGCGCGUGUCUCUUCCGGCACCUGAGCUCGUCCCGGGAGACAUCGCUUAUGUUAAAGCCGGAGGCAAACUGCCGGCUGAUAUGCGUUUCCUACAAGUAUCAGGCGACGCCAAGUUCGACAGGUCCAUCUUAACUGGAGAGUUGUUGCCCCUUGCCGCGACGGUUGGCCCGACCGAUGAUAACUAUCUCGAGACGCGCUGCAUCGGUCUUCAGGGCACUCACUGCGUAUCCGGACCCUGCACAGGUCUAGUAGUGGCAACGGGCGACCGCACCGUGUUUGCCCGCAUCACUGCUCUCACAAACGAGCCCAAGGUUAGUAUGACACCUUUGGAAAGAGAAGUCCUCCGCUUUGUCCUGCUCAUCUGCGGUCUUAUGAUCACCACGAUUACUGUAGUCUUGAUUCUUUGGGGCACUUGGCUCAGGGGAGAGUAUCCGAACUGGAUAGACGUUCCGGCCCUCAUGGUUACUUGUGUUAGCGUAGCCAUCGCUUUCAUGCCUGGGGGACUUCCUAUCGCUGUAACGGCAGGCUUAACUAUUACAGCAAACCUCAUGAGAAAGCACAAGGUUAUUUGUAAGUCGUUAAAGACGGUAGAGACCUUGGGAUCCGUCACUCUACUCUGCUCAGACAGGACAGGCACACUCACUCAGAACCAGAUGGAGCUUUCUGAGUACGCCGUUGGAAUCCGUACAAUUUCUAUUGACGCGGCAGAAGAUGGACCGGAAGGGAGCACCGCUUUAGCUGUGGCCGGCAUAGUAACCGCUGGCGUAGACCAACUUCAUUCUCUCGCCAGGCUCUGCAACGCGGCCGAGUUUGAUGCCACUACUAUGAAUCUACCACCCAAGAAACGCCGCGUUUUCGGCGACGCGACGGGUCAGGCGGUGCUGAGAUUCUCAGAGCGCUUCGGAUCGAUGCAACAACUGCGUCAGGGAUGGCAGAAGACGUACGAAUUCGCCUUCAACAGCAAGAAUAAGUUCAUGGUCAAGACAUUCUCUCUGCUCAGGCUGGACUGCAUGAAAACCACGGUUUCGGAGCGUGAGGCAGAAGAGAUGCGAAUAGGCGACACGCUGCUAACAAUUAAGGGAGCCCCGGAUGUUCUAAUCGGUAGCUGCCCUUCCUUUGUGAGCAACAGAGGCGUCGUGUCUCCGUUCGACGAUAAUACGGGGGCCGCUUUCGAGGCCGUGAAAAACUCAUACAGCAGUCAAGGAAAGUGCUGCCUCUUGCUCGCCCGCAAAAUCCUCCGUCAAAAAGAGCUGCGUAACCGAUCGGGCACGGGUCAAUUCGAGGAUGAGAUGGACGAACACGCCAAGUCGGGAUUAACGCUGGUCGGUAUGGUGGCUAUUGUCGAUCCUCUGCGGCCAGAAAUCCGUGAAGUGAUCUCGACGCUGCGUGGUACGGGUAUUAGGGUCUGCAUGGUGACCGGUGACUUUGCUCUUACCGCCCUCUCCAUCGCACAGGAUGCUGGCAUCGUGAGCAACCCUCCUUCUCACGUGCGCGAUUUGCUCAACCUCAAUGAACACCAAUGGAAGGCCCUGACUGAAUAUGACGAGGUCCUAUUCGCCCGCACGACGCCGGAGCAGAAGCUGCGCAUCGUGAGGGAAUUCCAAGCUGGCGGAGUCGCUGCCGAUAUUGGCAUCUCUCUUGGCAGCGGCGCGGACGUUGCCAUCGAAGCCGCCGAUAUCGUCCUGCUCGACUCAUUCUCUUCCAUCGUAGUGGCGGUCCAAUAUGGCCAGUUCUGGCCUGUGAUGACCAACGUCGCCUUUGGUCUACCUCAGAUCCUGUUGUUCUUCCUCGUGGUCAUCGCCUGUUGCUUAAUAGACUGUGCUGCUGCUACGGCGCUUUCUUACGAGAAGCCCGAGGCAGACGUGCUAUUGCGCAAACCCCGGGACGUCAAGAAAGACUACUAUACGGCGAAAUUGAAUGAGGCGUCCUCCAUAUACUUCGUUAAUCUUGUCGUCAUGCAAUGCUUCAACUUGCUGGGAGUUCGCACGAGGCGCUGGAGUAUUUUCCAUCAUCCCCCAGCCUUCAACAAGGCGACACAGAAUAUAUACCUCUUCCCCGCCAUAGCUUUCGCUCUGACCACGGCGAUUAUUUGGCUCUAUAUCCCUCAGGCACAACAGAUAUUAGGAACUUCUUCCGUGCCGAUCGAGCACUGGUUCCUCCCCUUCACCUUUGGUUUAUUCCUUCUACUGGUUGACGAAGGGCGGAGGCUUCUCAUUCGCAGAAAUCCAAAUGGAACUAUGGCAAAACUUUCUUGGUGA